UAUAUAAAUUUUGAAAAAAAAAAUAUUAGAAUUUUAACAAAAAGUGAAUAAAAUUAAGAGUGCAAACCUGAAAUUCAUAUUGAAAAGGUUUGAACUUAAAUUAAGUUAAUUUUGAUUUUGAAAAAUUAAAUAUAACGCAAUAUGGGUGAAACAGUUCCAGCCAAAGGCAGCAUUUUAGGCAAAUGUGUUCCAUCAAGAUAUGUAUUAGCCGUACUUGGUUCAAUUGGUAUGGCAAUUGUUUAUGGUUUAAAAGUUAAUCUUAGUGUUGCUAUGGUUGCUAUGCUUAACCAUACCGCUGUAAAAGAAUUAGGAGGAUCUGGUGGUCAUGGUGGUCAUAGUGUUGGACAAAAUAUUUCAACUUUAACAACCAGUAAUGUUGAAGUGUGUGAGCCGCCGGAUGGAGGAGCAUCUGCCUCUCAUAAAGCUGCAGACGGCCCUUUUGUAUGGAGUGAACCUCUGCAAGGAACAUUGCUCAGUUGUUAUUUUUGGGGAUAUUUAGCAUCACAAAUCCCUGGAGCAAGAGUAGCUGAAUUAUUUUCUGCAAAAUGGGUUAUGUUCUUUUCGGUUGCUAUUAAUGUUGUUUGUACUCUACUAACACCACCAUUAACAAAGCUCGGUUAUGUUGGUUUAAUUUUUGUACGUGUACUAGAAGGUAUUGGUGGUGGUGUAACAUUCCCUGCUAUGCAUUGUAUGUUAGCUACAUGGGCUCCACCAACAGAACGUAGUGUUAUGUCAACAAUUGUUUAUAUUGGUACAGCAUUUGGUACAGCAAAAUCAAUAUUAUUAGCUGGUGUUCUUGCUGAUCAAUGGGGUUGGGAAUCCGUAUUUUAUGUCAUGGGUGGUUUAAGUUCUAUUUGGAUGCUUUUAUGGGCAUUUUUAAUAAAAGAUCAUCCAAAUCAACAAAGAUUUAUGAGUCAAGAAGAACGUGAAUAUAUUUUAGCUGGUUUGGGAUCUGGUGAAGGAGGUCACGAAGAGAAACGUUUACCAGUACCAUGGAAAAAAGUUUUUACUUCAUUACCAUUUUUGGCUAUUUUAGUUGCACAUACAUGUAGCAAUUGGGGAUGGUAUAUGUUUUUAAUUGAAAUUCCAUUUUAUAUGAAACAAGUAUUAAAAUUUGAAGUAUCAAGUAAUGCAGUUGCUAGUGCUUUACCUUAUUAUCCGAUGUUCUUAUUUAGUGUUUGUUUGGGAAAAUCAUUGGAUUUACUUCGAUCAAAAAAUAAAAUUACAACAACAACUGCAAGGAAAACUGCUACAAUAAUUGCAUCUCUAGUACCGGCUAUUUGUUUAUUUAUUCUCUGUCAUAUUGGAUGUCGUCAUACAGCUGCUGUUGUUAUAAUGGCUAUUGGUAUAAUAGGUAUUGGGGGAAUGUUUUGCGGCUUUCUAUCAAAUCAUAUUGAUAUUGCACCUAAUUUUGCUGGUACACUUGUAGCUUUAACAAAUACUGUAGCAACUCUCCCUGGAAUUAUAGUUCCCAUAUUUGUUGGUUUCAUGACUAAAGGAAAUCAAACAAUUGAAGCUUGGCGUAUAAUAUUCUAUGUAACUGUAGUCCUGUUCGGAAUUGAAUUAAUAGUUUUUACAAUAUUUGGAUCAGGUGAAGAACAAUCAUGGAACAAACCUGAAGCAGGAUUUGAUUCAAUUGAAGCACAACCAUGGAAUGAAACAAAAAAAGAUGACAAGACUAAUGAAGAAACAACUCCACUGAAAGGAAAUACAAAACAAUAAAAUGAUUUUGAAGAAAUCAAACAAAAAAAUAAUAUAAUUGAAUAUAUUUUAGUUAUGUUAAGUUUUUUUUUUAAGUUACUUUUACAUAAAACAGACAUUAAAGUAGAUUUUGAUUUUUUAUUUUUAUAAAGCAGAUAUUAUUUUUAUAACUUUUUAAAUUAAUUAACCGAAUCGUUUAUAAUAAAUUUUAUAUUUGUAAACUUUUAUAUAUACUUUUAUAUAUAAACUACUUACAGACAUAGGUUUGUUCAGGUAAAUAAAAAGGAUCAUGUAAA